AUGUCUGGCAAAUUUAAAGGCACUCAAGCUUAUAUUUUAAAACACCAACCUCUAGCUACAUAUGUACACUGCUAUAGCCACUGUUUAAAUUUAGUUUUAGUUAAGGCUUGUUCAGUACAACCAAUACGAAAUACAAUUGGAAUUGUCGAAGAAGUUACUAACUUUAUAAUGGAUUCUCCAAAAAGAAUUGAAAUUUUUAAAAAUGAAAAUAUAAAACACUGUCCAAAUGUUAAUUCAGAUAUAUUAUUAAAGCUACGUAAAACUAGAUGGGUUGAACAUCAUGAAGCUUUUAUACGUUUUAACCAAAUGCUUCCUGCUAUUGUAUCAUUUUUGGAAUAUAUGAUUGAAAAUUCUGACGGACAAAUUUUGACAAAAGUUAAUGGAUUAUAUAACUCAAUAUUAAGAUUUGAUUUUUUAUUGACAUUACAAAUUAUAAUAAAUACCAUGAGUUGUACACUACCAUUAUCAAGAAAACUCCAGUCUCCAACUUUUGAUAUAUCUGAGGCACAAUCUUUAAUACUAUCUGCUUUAACUGUUUUGACAAAUCAACGUAAUGAAAAUGACUUUAAAGAUAUUUUUAAAAAAUCUGAAGAUAUGGCUAAUAAAUUUAACAUUGAAGUUAAUAUAUCAAGAAUAGCAAAUAAACAACGUAACUGCUUAAAUAUUUCUUCAGAAUCUAACACACCCGAGAGUUAUUAUAGAAUUUCUGUUUAUUAUCCAUACUUAGAUUCAUUGUUAAGUGAAAUUAAAUACAGAUUUGAAACAAAAAAUACUAAUAUUUUAAACUUAAAAGGCUUCAUACCUAAGUAUUGUAACACUAUUGAAGUUUCAAAAAUGUUAGAUGCAGCAUUAUUGUUUACAACUGAUUUACCAGGUACUUUCGAUGAAUUAGAAGGAGAAUUGAAAACCUGGCAUGUAAUAUGGAAAGAAAAACCAGAAGAUGAGCUUCCAUCUACUGCAUUGGAAACAAUAUUUUUACCUUUCAUGGAUUUUUAUCCAAACAUCAAAAGACUUUUAUUAAUAUUUGCAACUAUUCCUGUGACGACAUGCACAUCUGAAAGGUCAUUUUCUUCCCUUAAGAGAAUCAAAACCUACUUAAGAUCAACUAUGGGAGAAAAUCGAUUGAAUGGAUUAGCAUUGCUUAAUAUACAUCCAGAAAUAAUUCUAAACCCUUAA